UGACAGCCCUCCGGUCACAGCAGCAGGUCCCGCAGGAAGCCGAUCCACUUCGAUCCGGAUCAGAAGUAAAAGUGGUUCUUUUCCUCGGUGCGCGUGCCCGGCAGACCUCGGAGCCCCCUUGCGCGCAUUUAGACUUUGUCCAAAGCCGGUUCCACGGAGCUCGUCUCCAUGCACGCCCGGCUCUAGAUUCUCCAUGGAGCUCUCCAACCUGUACGAGGUGGCGCCCCGGCCCCCCAUGAGCGGCUUGCCGCACGGCUACAGGGACCCGUCGGACCCGGGCGGCGACAUCGGGGAUAGCGAGACCUCCAUCGACCUCAGCGCGUACAUCGACCCGUCGGCCUUUAACGACGACUUCCUGGCCGAUCUGUUCCACCACAGCUCCCGGCAGGACAAGCUGCGGACCGGGGAGUACGAGUCGGGUCCGUGCGGGCCCCCGCAGCCCUACAUGCCCCACUACAUGGAGUCCAAACUGGAGCCGCUCUACGAGCACAACCCGCCGCGCAUCCGACCCGUGGCCAUCAAGCAGGAGCCGCGGGACGACGAGGACGUGAACGCGGGUCUGCCCCCCACUUACCACCACCCACACGCGCAUUCCCAGCAGCCCCUCCAGUACCAGAUCGCGCACUGCGCGCAGACCACCAUGCACCUUCAGCCGGGACACCCGACCCCCCCGCCGACUCCAGUGCCCAGUCCGCACCACCACCACCAGCAGCACCACCACCCGCAGCACCUCCCGCAGCAGGGCGGCCUGAAGCUGCUGGAGCAUCACCGAGGGGGGGGCGGGAAGUCCAAGAAGAACGUGGACAAGGGCAGCCCGGAGUACCGGCUGCGGCGCGAGCGCAACAACGUGGCCGUGCGCAAGAGCCGGGACAAGGCCAAGAUGCGCAACAUGGAGACGCAACACAAGGUGGUGGAGCUGAGCUCCGACAACGACAGACUGAGGCGGCGGGUGGAGCACCUGACCCGCGAGCUGGACACGUUACGGGGGAUCUUCCGACAGCUGCCGGACGGUUCCUUCAAAGCCAGCUGAGGGACUACUGCGCGGCCCCGGGCCCGGUACCCGGGACCCGGGACCGGACCUGUGCCGGUGCACUGCUGGAUUUACACUCUCUGAUGUGUCCUCGUGCGUGACAGGAGACCGAGGCAGCUGGUGUUCGUUGCACGAGACAAACGUAUGUGGAACGUCACACGAGUCCCCAAAAUACCCGGAACAUUUUCUUCUGAACAAAAGAGAGA